GUGUUGACGUCACUAAACAAUCGACAACCGGCCUAACAGCGGCCCCUAAUUGGCCAACCGAGAACUGAGCGAGCAACGCUCCUACACGCUGACCUUAACAAGUGACUUGAUAACGUUCAGACUCAGUGUUGACCAAGUGCCCACGCCACCUACACGCCUCAUACAAUAAUGUCAGAAACAGAAAAUACCGCUACUUUAUGGGAGGAGUUAACGAGCCCUUUAAAUUUAGCGUUGAUUGGGAUAAUAGUGUACCUUGUUUACAAAAUAAUACAGUCUAAAUUCGAAUCGGAAACCGAAGCCGCUCCACCGCCUCCGCCACUACCUAAACUCCGAAAGGACCUGACGGUUGCAGAGUUGAAGAAAUACGAUGGCACUCAGCCUGAUGGGAGAGUUUUGCUUGCAGUAAACGGUGUGAUUUUUGAUGUCACCCGAGGAAAACGUUUCUACGGGCCCGGUGGUCCUUAUGCAGCGUUUGCCGGCAAAGACGCUACCAGAGGACUGGCCACCGGUCAGGUGAGCGGCUCCGAACAAGAAUAUGACGACGUCAGUGACCUCUCCCCGGACGAGGUUUACUCAGCUAACGAAUGGGAGGCGCAGUUCAGAGAAAAAUAUGACAUCGUUGGUCGCCUACUGAAACCGGGUGAGACUCCGAACGAAUACAGUGAUGACGAAUCUGAAGAUAAAAAAGAAAAAUAGACUUUAAAUUUAUUUAUAAUUAUUAUUACACAUACUGGAUCCAACCCUGUCUAAAUGGAGUACUUUUUUCUGGUAUCGGACUAUGAAACUUUGUUAUAUAUCGUUCUAAAUAUUAACAAAUACAUAUUUCAAUAUCGGAAAAAAAUAAAUGCCUGUAAGAAACAAAAUAUAUAUUAUAGAACAACAUCAUUUAGCCUAAAAAUAUUUUUGCUGUAGCAAAUGUCGUAGAUAUAUCAGGUAAAUUUUUAAGAAGGACUAAGUCGAGUUGAUAUUUUUUUUCUUAAAUCUCUCCACAAUUUAAUUUG